GCAAAGGCAAAAAACAAAACAUUAUUUAGAGAGAGAGUAUGGUCUUUGGUACCAAAAAGAUGCAAUGAACUAUUGAAUUAGAAGCUGGUAGCAAGCGAGACUAAUCCAUUUCUCCCUUCUCCACGCCUUCAUACAAACUCACAAAAAAGCUCUAAUUUCUAAUUCACUCUCUUCUCAAAGCGCGUGUCUUUCAACAUGAUCAUCUUCUAUGGACUUGAGUCAGAUUCUACAUAGAGGAGCACUGCUGCUGGUCACUGUAUAAAUUCAAAGUUGGAAUGAUUUGAUGGGAAUAUGGUUGAAAGCUUCAACCGGACUGAUUCAAUUGAGUUCUGUGAAGCUGAAAUGGGGAAAGGUGGUUUUCAGGAAUCUGGUCCUGUGUUGAAGAAGUCGAGAAAACAAAUUUUGGCUUCUCAAAAUGUGGAUAAUUGUGAAGAGGAAGACAGCCAGGACAGAUUUGGUGACAUGCCAGACUGUCUUAUUCAUCAUAUUUUGUCAUUUAUGGAGACAAAGGACGCAAUUCGAACUUCCGUUUUGUCAAAAAGGUGGAGGUAUAUUUGGACUUCAGUUCCAUGCCUGAACUUCAGCAGCAAAUCAUUCACGAGGUUGGUUGAUUUCAAGAAGUUUGUGCAAUGGGUCCUAUCCCAUCGUGAUUCUUCCCAUGUCCAAUUACUUGUUUACAAUCGGUUUGGGGUAGAUUAUGCAACAGAUCAAUAUCUAUUGAAUAAGGUUAUUGAAUAUGCAGCAUCACAUGGUGUUGAGGAAAUCAAGAUCAAUCUUCGGGCAAAGACCUCUGGCAGUCCUCCUGUUGAAAUCCCUUUGUCUCUAUUUACUUGCCAAUCCUUGAAAAAGCUUGAGUUAAAAGAUUGUCAUCCUACAAAUGUGUCAUCCCCUUUAGGUUGCAAAUCAUUGGACGUUUUGCAUCUGGAACAUUUCUCAAUGUAUCCUGCUGCAGCUGAUUUUUCAAAUCCAUUUGCAAGUUUAUCCGGACUUUUUGGCUUUAUGACAUUGACAACUUUGCAUCUAAUUAGCUUCACUCUAUGUUAUACAGGAACUGACUGUUUGGAUCCAUUUGGUAAUUGUGUCAAUUUAAAGAAUUUGCACUUAAGUGAAAUGUCGUUUAAGUCAGAUUUGAACCCUAAGGCUUUUGUGAUAUCUGGUCCAAAACUCAAUAACUUGAGUCUAAUGUGCAACCGCUUUAAAUGUAAAAUUGUAGUUGCUGCACCACAGCUCACCAAUUUCAAUUACUUGUAUUCUACACCUCGUGCCUUCUUUGAGUUUAGUCUUCCUUCUUUGGAUGGCUUGAUCAUUGAUAUACAUGAACCACAUCGAUUGGAAAAAUCUCAUCGAAAGAAAAGGGAGGAGACUUUACAUGGUUUGAUCAACAUGUUGCGCGGACAUCAUAAUGCUGAAGCUGUGAAACUAUCCUUCUGUACAGUUGAGGUUACUUGUGGGACUGCAGCGUUGUUAAAGCCAGAAUGUUUGCCUUCUAGUGAAUGGAAGUCAUUGAACUUCGGAGUGGGAUCAACGUAUAAAAUCUUCAUCAACAAGCUUGACGAUAUAACUGCCUAUUACCGCAAUUGCUUUCAGGAAUCAGACUUUGAGAUUUUGACUGUUUAGAAGGAUACUUUGCACAGGAGGUUUGGCUUAAGCCAAGGUGGAAGUUAACCCAAUACAUGGAUCCUUACGAUCCAAACAAGGAUUAGUGCUUGGUAUAGUUUGAAUGGGAAAGGGAUUGGGGUAUAUUUGUAUAAGGGGUUGAUUUUUGAAUAACAGGCUAUAGUGAAAUAGAAAUUUAAAAAUAUUUUGCAAAUUUGUAUCUUGACUCUCAUUUUGUAGCAAUAUAUCUUAGAAGAGGAAAAAGAAAUCAUCUAUUUUC